AUGAAGGCGCUGGAAACAAAGAGGAAAUCUUGCGAUCCUCGGGGACCCGAUGGCGUGCAGAGCCGGGGUUUGAGGGCCCCGGGGCGGGCUAGCCUGCUGAAGACAGCCAGGCUCUCCAGACCCACCACGAGCUACGUCACUGUCCAUAGAGCCACGCUCUCCACACCCACCACGAGCUACAUCACUGUCCACAGAGCCACGCUCUCCAGACCCACCAUGAGCUACAUCACUGUCCACAGAGCCACGCUCUCCAGACCCACCAUGAGCUACAUCACUGUCCACAGAGCCACGCUCUCCACACCUACCACGAGCUACGUCACUGUCCACAGAGCCAGGCUCUCCAGACAAACCACAAACUACGUCACUGUCCACAGAGCCAGGCUCUCCAGACACACCACAAACUAUGUCACUGUCCACAGAGCCACGCUCUCCACACCCACCACGAGCUACGUCACUGUCCACAGAGCCACGCUCUCCACACCCACCACGAGCUACGUCACUAGCCAGGCUCUCCAGACACACCAGAGCUACGUCACUGUCCACAGAGCCACGCUCUCCACACCCACCACAAGCUACGUCACUGUCCAUAGAGCCACGCUCUCCAGACACACCAGCAGCUACGUCACUGUCCACAGAGCCACACUCUCCACACCCACCACGAGCUACGUCACUGUCCAUAGAGCCACGCUCUCCAGACACACCAGCAGCUACGUCACUGUCCACAGAGCCACACUCUCCACACCCACCACGAGCUACGUCACUGUCCAUAGAGCCACGCUCUCCAGACACACCAGCAGCUACGUCACUGUCCACAGAGCCAGGCUCUCCAGACCAACGUCACUGUCUCCUGUCUGUCUGUCGGUCUGCCUGCCUUCGCUCAUCGGAGAGCGCUGCUUAUUGCAUCUCCGGCUCGCUCUCUUCCGUGACGUCUCUCCCUUCGCAGCAAUCUCGUCCGUUUGCAAUGAUGGAAUUAAUUCUGCCGUGCCACAUGGUUCUGUUCUUGUGGAUAAUAGGCUAUAG